GCGGGCUCAGUGGCUGAGACGCAGUCGCCCGGCCGCGGGGCGCACGGGGCCAGGGGCCCGAGAGGCACCCGCUGUCGCCAUGGACCUGUUAUCCGCGCUGAGCCUGGGCGAGCUAGCUCUCAGCUUCUCGCGGGUUCCACUCUUCCCUGUCUUCGACCUCAGCUACUUCAUCGUCUCCAUCAUCUACCUGAAGUAUGAGCCAGGAGCUGUGGAGCUGUCCCGGCGCCAUCCGGUGGCGUCCUGGCUGUGUGCCAUGUUGCACUGUUUCGGGAGUUACAUCCUAGCGGACCUGCUUCUCGGGGAGCCCGUCAUAGACUACUUCAGCAACAGCUCCAGCAUCCUGCUGGCCUCCGCAGUGUGGUACCUGAUUUUCUUCUGCCCCUUGGACCUCUUCUACAAGUGUGUCUGCUUCCUGCCGGUGAAACUCAUCUUUGUGGCUAUGAAGGAAGUGGUGAGGGUCCGAAAGAUUGCCGUGGGCAUCCAUCACGCGCACCACCACUACCACCAUGGCUGGUUCAUCAUGAUCGCCACCGGGUGGGUCAAAGGCUCCGGCGUCGCCCUCCUGUCCAACCUGGAGCAGCUGCUCCGAGGAGUCUGGAAGCCAGAAACCAACGAGAUCCUGCACAUGUCCUUCCCCACCAAGGCCAGUCUCUAUGGAGCCGUCCUGUUUACCCUGCAGCAGACCCGCUGGCUCCCUGUGUCCAAGGCCAGCCUCAUCUUCGUGUUCACCAUGUUCAUGGUGUCCUGUAAGGUGUUCCUGACGGCCACACACUCCCACAGCUCUCCAUUUGAUGUCCUGGAGGGCUACAUUUGCCCAGUGCUGUUUGGGGCAACUUGGGGAGGCGACCAUCACCAUGACAACCAUGGAGCUCAUGGCGGCGGUGGUGGGCUAGGCUCCCAGCACUUGGGCGUGCCUGCCAAGGCCAAGGAAGACCUGAGUGAAGGCUCCAGGAAGAAAAAGACCAAGAAGGCGGAUUAGGGGUGGCCCCAGGGGUCCAGGGGGGCUGUGGAGCAGGGUGUGGACUCAGGGAAAAUGCCUCAGAACUUGGGGCAUUCAGGGCUCAGAGUCCCCCUCUACCAGCCUCGACUUCACCAUCUGCAGUGUGGAGCCAUCAGCUUCUCCCAGGGCUGCUGCUGCUGCUGAGCUCUGAGGGUGGAGGAG